AUGACUGGAUCUAAUGAGACUGUAGUCAGUGAAUUUAUUCUUUUGGGCUUUUCUAAUUUAGGACAACUCCAGAUUCUCCUCUUUGGUGUAUUUCUUGUUGUCUACCUGGCAACUCUGACAGGAAACACCCUCAUCAUCAUUUUAACAAAAACAGACCCUGCUUUGCACAGCCCUAUGUACUUCUUCCUCAGAAACCUGUCCUUUGCAGAAGUUGGCUUUGUGUCAUCUACUGUCCCAAAGAUGCUUGUGAACCUCCUCUCAGAGAAAAAGACCAUCUCUUUGUUAGGAUGCCGAGCGCAGACAUAUUUUGUCUUCUUCUUUGGGACUAUGGAGUGCUUCCUUUUAAUUGCAAUGGCGUAUGACCGCUUUGUUGCCAUAUGCAAGCCUCUGAGGUAUCCAGCUGUAAUGAACAAGAAGAUCUGUAGGCUGAUGGCAUUGGCGGCUUGCGCCUCAGGCUUUCCAGUUGGGACAGUACAGAGCUCAUGGCUUUUUAGUUUUCCAUUUUGCAGGACCAAUGUAAUCCCCCAUUUCUUCUGUGAUACUCCACCACUUCUUGAGUUGGUCUGUGGAGACACUUCUAAGUUUGAGCUAUUUUCUCUCAUUGGCACCUUUAUCAUAAUAUUGGCUCCCUUCACACUGAUCCUUAUCUCUUAUAUUCGUAUUAUAAGCACAAUUUUAAGGAUGCCUUCUACUGAAGGGAAGCAGAAAGCCUUCUCCACUUGUUCUUCACAUAUUAUGGCAGUGACUCUGUUUUAUGGCACAUCCAGUUUGACUUACUUUCGGCCGAGGUCAAACUAUACUCCAGAGAUCAAACAACUGCUUUCUCUCUCAUAUACCAUUCUCGUACCCAUGUUAAACCCAAUCAUCUAUAGUUUACGGAACAAGGAGAUGAAGGGUGCAUUCACUAGACUGCUGAGGAGAAAAAUGAGUUGA